GUUUGGUAAAUAAGUGCUUUUUUAAGCCAAAAGCUUGAGAAGUGCUUUUUUUUUAAAGUGAUUUCAAACACUCCUAAGAAAGCACCGAUACACCUUUCUUCUCUUCCCCGAGACAUCCUUUUUCAGAUUCUGGUUCGACUUGGCCCCAGAUCUCGGGGCCAGCUAAGCUGCGUUUCUACAUGUUUCCAUUCCAUAUUGACGAUCCAAGUUUCGCCGAGUUUCAACGAAAUUGGUCAGCGCCCCCUAACCACGGCACAACCAUUCUCUUCUCUUCGCAUACGUUUAGGACGGAUCGUUAUCACCGGUGUCCCCCAGUGCAGUUUUACACCCUAAAUUUUGAAGAAAAUCGGGCGGGAAAGCUCCUUCAAGCAAAACGUGUUGGGCAUCUGGACAGAGGAUGGCUCAAAGACAGAAGAUCUGUGUCUUUUGCAAAAGAUGGAAUAUGUUUCUUCAACAAGCAUUCAGAAUUGAUGGUUUUUGACCUUGCCUCAGGACAACUUACUUCUCUCCCGAAAACUCCCAGCAGCGGUUUUUCUAGUGCUUUUUUGGGUUAUGAUGGCGUUUCCGGAACAUACAAGGUUUCGAAGGCCGUAAGUAACGGGUUUCCAUUCAGGAGGACAGUGAAGUACUGGGUGUUCACACUGGGUGUGGAUGAAGCGUGGCGGGAGAUCGAGUCCCCUGUAUUGCUUUCCCUUGGUAGACGUUUCAUCAAUGGCGUUUGCAUUAACGGCGUGAUCUAUUCCUACAAUGUGCUCCGUUCUGAUCCGUGGGAGACUUUAGCAGGAUGCUCUGAGGUGGUGGCAUUCGACGUUGGGUCGGAGAGUUUCCACCAGAUACCUCUUCCUCCGGCAACUUAUGGUAAAGAUGUCAAAAAAUCCUCGUUACUAGAAAUCAGCGGGCGGUUUGCUGUCAUUAAUGUCCAUCAGGACAAGCAAUUUAUAGUUUGGACCUUGGAAACGGCUGCGAAAUCGCCAUCUCUCUGGAAGAGGCGUGAUGUCCCCUUUCCAUUAGAGGAAGAGAUUCUGGAGGCAGGGAGUGAAUUCUUUUCCAAUACUUCUAUUACUGCUACUUCAGCUGGGGAAAUCGUAUUGUUAUUUAUGCGUACUGGAAUACUCUCUCUUUGGGUUUUAUCGGACUCUGUUUGGAAGAAGUUUCGAAUUGAGGGGAUUGCUGAAUGUCCUACCUGUGUUAAAAAACAUUUUGAAGUACUGGUUGCACAAAACAUUGCCGAGAAUCUCUUUCACUUGGAAUAAGAAAACGCCAUACUGGUCUGAUCUUCUCCACCUUACCAUUCCAUUUCAUCACGUAGCAUUUCCUCAAACUUUCAUUUUCUUCUUUAGUUUCUGCUUCUUAACUACUCCCUCCGUCCCCUUUUAAAUUGGACGGGAGAUGGUGGCACGAGUUUUAAGAAAAGUGAGUUUGUGUGGUUG